AUGUCCGCCCUAUCAGCUCCGGAAGUGCCUCUUCAGAUUGAAUGGCAGCCGGUGCCCCUCCAGCUUGAUGCCAACGGGCAGACACAGCUUGUCAAGAAGCCCAGGACCGCUCUACAGACCUACAUCCCCGGUUGCGAGCCUGCUUGGCAGGAUACCGACGAGAUUUCCGUCCAGCAGUUCUUCACAGAGCUCCAGACCUACCUCCAGCACAGCCUGCAGAAUCAGUUGACCCGGGGCAGUCAGGCCCUACUCCUUGUACAAGAGCGCCAGGCAGCACAGAAUGCUCUGAUGGCGGAAGCUCUUGAGUACAUGAGAAUGGAGGUCAACUCUGUUCAGGAAGAACUCCGGAAGUAUGUGGAGAAAGAUGAGCUCAAUGCCGAUGCCAUGGAGAUUGAGUGGACAAACCCGGCUACUCCACCGGACUUUGUGGCCGAGAUACAGAGAGCCCUUGAUGAAGGAAGACUGGUGGUGGCUAGGCCAGCAACUCCGGCACCAAAUCUAGGCUCUAGGUCCUCGUCCAGGGCAGCUACCAGGACAAUGCAGCGGAAGACCAGCCCCUUUGCAGCAUUUCCGGUCCGAUCCACUAGGAGAGUUAUCCCUAUUGUGCAGCCAGCGGUGGGGGCUUCACCCUUACCACCUAGCCGCUUCGGUGGAACACAUCCACUUCUUGGAGGAGCCGACCGAUCCUUUGACUAUGAAGGAGAGUUCUUCUCAGGUGCAGGCAGGGUGUAA